GGAACCCGGCGCUCCGCCCCGCCCCGGGGGCGGCACAGGCGGGCCGGGCAGCGCCGCAGCCCCCGCUCCGCUCACACCGGGCGGCAGCAGGUGCCGGGGAAGGGAGGAAGCAUGACCAAAAUGAACUUCAUCCUGUUAACCGCCUUCAUUGUUCUGGUUGCUUUUUGUAGUUUUGGUUCUACCCUAAGAUGUUACCACUGCGAGAACAGCCCUUCCUUGUGCAGGUCCAACAGCACUUGCUUAACGAAUGAAGAUACUUGCUUGCAGAUGAAAUUUGGUAAAUUGAGAACUUUCUCCUGCUGGAAGUAUUCCCAGUGCAAGAUGAAUGAAAUUGCCGAAUUCUUCCAGCUGGAUAAUUUUGAAUUCUUCUGCUGCCAACACGACCUGUGCAAUGAGGGGGCCAUUACUGGGGUUAACAAAGCAGCCUUCAGUGUUGCCUCUGUAAUGGCCAUGUUAUGGAUGCUCCUGUAAUAAUCCUGAUUCCUAUGCUGUACUUCCAAGCUGAAAUUACACAAAACCAUUAACUCUUUUCUAUAUUGUACUUCUCACAUUUUCAGUUCCUAUCUGUGGGCAAAAACAUUACCUUUCCAUUCUAAAUUCUGUUUCCUGAGGUUUUAUCUGUUAAAUCACUGUCUCCACUCACAGGAAGGAUGUGUGUGCUGUUACCAGUUACUGAGGUGUUUUGAUCUAUCCCCAUAUUCAUAGGGAAGAGAACUUAUUAGGAAGUAGUGUUAUUAUGUGGAGAAUUGGGGCAAACUCCAGUGGGUGGUGUGAAAGAGAAGAAACACUACAGUUUUUCUGCUGGAAACCAUCAUAUUUUUACUAUCCCAUAAACUGUAAUUAUUGGGUGGCAUUUCUGUGGGGUUUGGUUUGUUUUUCUUUGGAUUUGCGCUCACCACAAGAAGUGUUGGCUCAUAAGUAUGACCUUGCUGCAGGCUUCUGAGGAUGGAAAUAUUCAGUUUAAAGUAAUGUAGACUCUUUGUUUCCAUCACUGUAACUUUUUUUUUAAACAAGCCAAUGAUAUAACCUUGUCAAGUACUGUUAUUUUGAGAGAAAGCAUCUACAUUUCUUAAGCCAAAACCAAAAUAAUGCUGUAAGUGAAGAACACUUUUCCCUUUUUUUUUUCUUAUAUAUAUUUCUGUGAGCAUGUAGACAACAUGUGCUGGCUUCUUUUUUUAUUUUCCUCAUGCGAUAUCCAUGCCUAGGAUUUUAACUGAGCAUGUGCUUUGCACUGAGUAUUUAUUGGUAUACUGAAAAUUGAUUAUAAAAUGCUAAAGAAUUGAAAUGGCACAUCUAGUUUACUUUCCCACCUAGUUGGGUUUUGGUGAAAACAGUGACAUGUAAACUUAACCUUUCAAGCUUCCGCCUAAGAGUAUUAAAAUCUUGCAGAACUUUAUUUUUUUGACUUUUAUGCAACUCUAUAAAUGCCAAUGCACAGUAUAAGUGUGUUUAUAUAGCAUGAAUAGAAGCUGCUCAGUUUGGAUGUGUAAGAGGUCUGGAGCUGGAAUAGUCCAUGGUGGCCUUUGAUACAUCUCUGGUACCUGGGGACCCUCUUGAUCAGGUAUGAUGCCAAAUUCUCCUUUUUCUCUUCUGGAGCUGUUGAUAUGUCCCUCCCAGAGUUGUGGUCCACUGCCAAUGGAAUAUCCUCUUCUUGAGGACCCUCUGCAGGGUGCCAGUGAUGCCAGUUCACCCAGGCAGGACGAGGGCGUUGCUCCGUAUCCACGGUGUGCUCUGCGACGUGUCUUUUGGUUAAGCUUAUCAUAGCUGUGAGAGUAUCCUGGGAUCUGUCCUAUCACUCCAAAUAUGGAAGUCAUCCUGUCUUUGAUUAAUAAAAAUGUCAAAAAAGAA